AUGUUUUUUUCCUAUCAACACUUGUUGUUUCUUAUUUUAAUCUUAUAUCUACAAAGAACAUCAAGUAAUAGACAAUCAUUUAUCGAUUUAUCUCAACUUGGUUUAGAAUUUAUUCCGGUCAAUGAAAAUCUUCUUCUUUUAGUUGAUAUCAAUGCUAAUUCAAUUAUAAUUUGUUCAAAAAUAUGUUUUUCAAACAUAUAUUGUCGAACAUUUAACUUUAAUAUUCAAUCAAAACGUUGUCGUCUUUAUGAAGGUGAUAUAGAUAAUACAGGAUCAAUUAUUAAUUCUCAAUUAAGUCAGUCAAUUGUUGGAACAAUUAAAUUAACUACAGAUGAUUUUAUUGAUUAUGGACGUCCUUGUAAUUUUUGUGUGAAUAAACCAUAUUUAAUUUGUAUGAAUUUUACGUGCAAAUGUCAAUCGCAUUCAUUUUUCAAUGGAUCAAUGUGUCAGAGUCAAAAAUUUAUUAGAGGUACAUGUACUAAUGAUAUACAGUGCCGAAAUGAUAUUAAUCUCACGUGCCUUUCAAGUAUGCAAUGUGGAUUCAGUGUCACCAUAGAUGAUGCAUAUGCAAAUCUUACUAACGCGACUAUUUUGGCUACUACGACGCAUAUUAACACUACUAUCUCCAUUUCUUCUGAUACUACUAAGACUUCAGAUACUAUGGGUUUACCGAGUACUUUAGCCAAUAGUAUUUCGACUACUACUAUAACCACUACUAUUUCAACAAUUAUGUUAACUAUUACUACAACCAAUAGCAGCACUUCAAUAAUAACUUCAGGCAUCGGUGAUACUUCAACAGCAACUUCUAAUUCUGAUAAUACGGCAACCACUUCUAUGAGUACUGAUAGCACCUUCACAAUUAUUUCAACUACUGAAAGUACCAUAACAACUAGCACAAGUACCGAUAGUACUACAACAACUGUUUCAACUACUGAUAGCACUAUAACAAUCAGCACGAGUACUAACAGUACGACAACAACUACCACGAGUAAUAAUACUACUCCAACAACUACUGAUACCACAACAACUACUACGAGUCCUGACAGUACUACAACAACUACUUCAAGUACUGAUACUACUACAACAACCACUUCAAGCACUGAUCGCACUCUGACAACUACUUCAACUGCUGACAUUAUUACAACAACUACUACGACUACUGAUAGUACCACAACAACAACUACGAGUAUUGAUAUUUCUACAUCAACUACAUCAACUACUGAUACUACUACAACAGCUAUCACGAGUACUGAUACUACUCCAACAACUGCUUCAACUACUGAUAGCACUACAACAACAACUACUACAAGUACCGACAGCACGUCAACAACAACAUCA